GCCAGAAUCGGCGACCAUUUAUUUAUCCAUAUCCUAUAAGUACCAUCCCGAUGACUGGUUUGGACUGGAAGUGGUGAUCCUUUUUUUGGCUCUGAGCUCAUACUUCAUCUUGCUUCUGCUUCUUCCUUUGCUCCUGCUGUGACUUCAAGACCGACCCUGCCGAUGGGGCGCACCACCAUGGCCAUGGCCCACAGCUUCGAUAUCGAGCGCAACGAGUCACAUCAGUACUUCCGGAACGAUGCAGUCCAGGGGUUUGCCUGGCGCGAUCUCACUGUUACUGUCAAGGACCGCAGCUCCAAACAGCCCCGGGAUCUCAUCCAUGGCAUCACCGGCUCCGUCCAGCAAGGAGAGCUGGUCGCUCUGAUGGGCCCUUCGGGAUGCGGCAAGACGACCCUCCUCAACGUCCUGGCGCGUCGAUCGGCCUCCUCCGGCGCAAAAACUACCGGAGCCUGCUACGUGAACGGGGCGGAGAUCGACAAUGGCACCUUUGGGCGGCUCUCCUCGUAUGUUGAGCAGGAGGAUGCGCUGAUCGGAUCGUUGACCGUGCGCGAGACUCUCAAGUUUGCCGCGGAUCUCGCUUUGCCGGGCACGGUGACCAAGUCUCAGAGGAAGGAACGCAUCGAAUCUUUGCUGCAGGCAUUUGGCAUUCAGAAUCAGGCUUCCUCGCUCGUCGGCACUCCCAUCCGCAAGGGCAUCAGCGGUGGUCAGAAACGCCGGGUCAGCGUGGCGAGUCAGCUCAUGACCUCCCCCAAGAUCCUGUUCCUGGAUGAGCCGACCAGUGGGCUGGAUUCGACGGCUAGCUACGAGGUGGUGUCCUACAUCAAAAAGUUGGCUGUUGCGAAUAAUCUCAUCAUCAUUGCCAGUAUUCAUCAGCCGUCGUCACUCACGUUCCAGCUCUUCGAUAAACUCCUGCUCCUCUCUGGUGGAAAGACCUGCUACUAUGGAGCUGUCGCGGACGUUCCGGCAUACUUCCAGGAGAUUGGACAUGCCAUUCCUGCGAACACCAACCCGGCUGAAUUCAUUCUUGACCUUGUCAGCUCCGACUUCAUCGGCAGCAACCAGGAGACUACCGAAGAGCAAGUCAAGCAAAUCCACAGAAGCUGGUCACUGUCAUCGAACGGCACUUUACUGAGUCGGCAGGUCUCGCAGAUGCUCACAGCAUCCGAGAAAGGAGCGAGUACGAUCGAUGUCGAGCAGCUCGGCCACCCGGGAACGCUUAGCGUUACUCUUUCCCUCCUGCAUCGCCUGUUCAUCAAAAGCUAUCGUGAUGUCGUGGCAUAUGGCAUUCGCAUCGUCAUGUACCUGGGACUGGCCAUCAUGAUGGGAACCGUCUGGCUGCGUCUCCACACCCAAGAGGCCUACAUUCAGCCCUUCAUCAAUGCAAUUUUCUUUGGUUCCGCUUUUAUGAGCUUCAUGGCCGUUGCCUACGUCCCUGCCUUCCUGGAAGACCGCGCGACCUUCAUCCGCGAACGAGCCAACGGUCUCUACGGCGCUCUUCCUUUCAUACUCUCCAACUUCAUCAUCGGAUUGCCCUUCCUCUUCCUCAUUUCCCUCCUUUUCUCUAUCAUCUCGUACUGGCUCUCCAACUUCAACCCCACGGCCGCCUCCUUCUUCACCUGGGUGAUGUGGCUCUUCCUCGACCUCGUCGCCGCUGAAUCCCUCGUCGUGUUCAUGACGUCUCUCUUCCCCAACUUUGUCAUUUCCCUUGCCCUCGUCGCUUUUUCCAACGGGCUCUGGAUGAGCGUCGGCGGCUUCCUCGUCACCCCAACUAUCCUGAACCCAUUUUGGAAAUACGUGUUCCACUACAUUGAUUACCAGGCGUACGUCUUCCAGGGCAUGAUGGUCAACGAAUUCCAAGACCGCAUCUACGACUGCGCCUCGGGGUGCACUUGCAUGUACCAGACCGAUCUGGCCACCGAAUGCAAGAUUCGCGGUUCCGGCGUGCUCCAUGAAUACGGGUAUGCGACGGGCCGUACCGGCAAGUGGGUGGGUAUUCUUAUUGGCAUCAUCGCCGUGUAUCGACUGUUUGCGUUCAUGGUGCUGUCUGUGAAGAAGACUUGACUCAUAUUCUUUUUUUUUAUUACUGUGGACAAAGGGGAGACGUAGGUGUUGAAUGCACUUGAUUUGGGUUUUCUUUGGGGUGUUAUUUAUGGAUGAAGGACAUUGUGGGUGGCUAUUGAAUGUCGCGACGACAGAUAUGUGCUCGGGGACGACAGUAUGGAUGUGAGCUUGGAUGUGAGUGAGGUACGUAUGAACGAGAUCUGACCGUGGCUGGCUCAUGGGAUGGAUAGACGGACGUCAUGUAUCAUUUACCUUACUAUUAC